AUCAAUGUACACAGCUCCUGCGGUCACCCAAUACAAAUAAAAUGGCUCAAUAACACUUGUUUCAUUCAACUUCUGUUGACCGGAACCAGAGGAAAAAGAUGUUCGUGAAAGAGCUUGUUUUCAGUCUCAUCCUACUGAUGCAAGCAUGUGGCCCACUUUUGGCCCAGACAUCGGCACCGGCACUCACUGACAAUCCAGGAAUACUGCAGAGGCUGACGGAGAAAGCCUGGGAAGCCAAAGAUAAAGUCCAGGGUUUGAGGGAUGCAGUGCUGGGCUUUGUUGGUACUUACUAUGAGGACCACAUCCAACCAGUGACCAGCAGCUAUGCUGACUGGGCCUCGGAUGUCAAAAGCUCCGUGUAUGAGAAGAUCCAGACGACCAUCAGCAGCUAUAUGCCAUUCAACGCAAACUAGCCCAUCUGACGUGAAAGAUGAAGUGCCAAUAAAUUCAUAUUUUCCCCACGUCACAUGAAUAAAUCUAACCACUCAUCACUGCAGUGAUCAUGUCUUGAAGUUUCACAAGGCUUUGCUGGUUAUGUCAAAUACAAAAAGAAUCAAGUUGAAAAUAAAACUCAUGUGGCUCCA